CAACUCUGGGUCUCUGUCAAAAGUAAAAUUUCAAUUUUCAUACCCCGAACUGUCAAGUGUCAGUCAAUGUUUUGAGUUUAGUGAUUAAAAGGAAUAGAAUUUGUUCAAGAUGCAACCACAGAUUUUAGUACUACGGGAGGGGACAGACCAGUCACAAGGCAAACCGCAGCUGGUCUCCAACAUCAAUGCCUGCCAGCUGGUUGUGGAUGCUGUGCGUACCACACUUGGCCCCCGUGGUAUGGAUAAACUGAUUGUCGACCAUUCGGGCAAAGCAGUUAUAUCAAAUGAUGGUGCUACCAUUAUGAAGCUCUUGGAUAUCGUCCACCCAGCCGCGAAGACUUUGGUUGACAUUGCCAAAUCGCAGGAUGCUGAGGUCGGCGACGGUACCACAUCUGUGGUGAUUCUAGCUGGAGAGCUUUUGAAGAGGUUGAAGCCGUUUGUUGAGGAAGGCGUGCACCCGCGUGUCAUCGUGCGCGCCGUACGCGCCGCGUCCAAAUUGGCCGUGGACAAGGUGAAGGAGUUGUCCGUGCGCGUGGAGAGCAAGUCGCCGGAGGAGCAGCGGGAUCUGCUAAAGAAAUGCGCGGUGACUGCGAUGUCUUCGAAGCUCAUACACCAACAGAAGGACCACUUCUCCAAAAUGGUGGUGGACGCUGUGCUGCUAUUGGACGCGCCCCUGCUGCCGUUGGAUAUGAUUGGCAUCAAGAAAGUGUCCGGCGGUGCGUUGGAGGACUCGUUCCUCGUCGAGGGUGUGGCCUUCAAGAAGACGUUCUCAUACGCCGGCUUCGAGAUGCAGCCGAAGAGCUAUCAGAACUGCAAGAUCGCUCUACUCAAUAUCGAGCUGGAGUUGAAAGCGGAGAGAGACAAUGCUGAGGUUCGCGUGGACAACGUGAGGGAAUACCAGAAGGUGGUGGAUGCUGAAUGGCAGAUACUCUACGAGAAGCUGGCGGCGCUGCACGCGAGCGGCGCCAAUGUGGUGCUCAGCAAACUGCCCAUCGGUGAUGUGGCCACGCAGUACUUUGCCGAUCGCGACAUGUUCUGCGCGGGCCGCGUGGCCGACGAGGACAUGCGGCGCACGCAGCGCGCGUGCGGCGGCGCCGUGCUCUCCUCCACGCGGGACCUGCGCGCCGACGCGCUCGGCUCCUGCGCCAGCUUCACCGAGCGCCAGGUUGGCGGCGAGCGGUACAACAUCUUCGCGGGAUGCCCGGCGGCCAAAACGUGCACGAUGAUCCUUCGAGGCGGCGCGGAACAGUUCCUCGAGGAAACCGAGCGCUCGCUGCACGACGCCAUCAUGAUCGUGCGGCGGACUAUCAAGAACGACGCUGUCGUUGCUGGCGGCGGCGCGAUCGACAUGGAGCUGUCGAAGCACCUCCGCGACCACUCGAAGGGCAUCGCCGGCAAGGAGCAGCUGCUGAUCGGCGCGAUCGCGCGCGCCUUCGAGGCGAUACCGCGCCAGCUGUGCGACAACGCCGGCUUCGACGCGACCAACCUGCUCAACAAGCUGCGCCAGAAGCACCACCAGGGCGAAAUCUGGUUCGGCGUCGACAUACAGAAGGAGGACAUCGCCGAUAACUUCCUGAGUUGCGUCUGGGAGCCGGCGGUUGUCAAGAUAAACGCCAUAACGGCCGCUUGCGAGGCGGCUGCGCAGAUCCUCUCCAUAGACGAGACUAUUAAGAACGUAAAGAGCGGCGGCGACAUGCCGGCCCCGCCCGGCCGGGGCAUGGGACGGCCCCGUAUGGGGUAAUAUGGCACACAUGGGGGCACAAUACAAUCUAAUGCACUUAAUUUUUGCAUAACUCGAUUCCUAGUACAGAAAAUGUAAAAAAAUUGAAAGAAAUGGCUCGGAUACAAUUUUGAGAGAACUGCAUUUUAUCAGAGCCUUAAUUUUGCGCAUUAUUUUUAUUUUGUUUAGUGUUGAGGUGGUAACACUUUUUAUUUUCAACCGAAUAUAUGUGUGUGACAGCUGGCAACACCAACAACGUUUUUGUGUAAAUGUUUUUAUACAAAUUUAUAGUGACAAAUAAAAAUGGCGUAAUUCAAUCGAUGGAAUUAAUUGUAGCAUACAUUAUAUAUUUAGGAAUUGAGUUAUUUCUAUAUAACCGCCAGUGAAGCUUCCUGUCCUUUUUCACUACAAGAAAAUAACACGUUUAAAGUAUAAUUAAUCGUUUAAAUUUUAUGUGGUCUGUAUUCUUUUAUGUGCUGAACAAAAUGCAUAAAAUUACAUAAUUAUAUGCCUGAUUAGAUUGAUCCGUUAUAAGGAGAUACUAUGCUACGAUUGUGUUUACAUCUAAAAAUGUUCAGCCAUUAACAGUAUAGAGGUUAUACCAUCCAAAAAACCCUGAAGUUGAUUUAUAAUACUAGCAAUAUGAUAAUAUUUUAAACAUUGUUUUUGUGAGGAAAGAAAAAUGAGUUUAGAUUAUAUGAUUAGUGUUUAGUACUUGCUUUUAGUGAAGUUUCCCCGAUUUAAACCAGGUUUAAAUGUAUGAAUCGCGCUUUUAAACUGGAUUUUGUUCCGACAUUGUUACUCUAGAUUAAUUAAGUAUGAUUUAUUUCCAAAAUUUCGUUGUUUUAAUAAUGAUUUUGCCACAGACCUAAUAAAAAAAAAAAACAUUUUCAAGAAAUGGUGCUAAAAAUUUGCCUUAUCAAAUACUCUAAUAUAAAUGGGAUUCAGGCACUAAAAAGCAAGUAGUAAAGACUAGUUUGUAAUCUAAUCUGUGUUUAGAAUUGCUAGAAUUCAUUUAAUUACCCGCGUAUGGGACAAUUGUUUUAAUAAUUUAUGUAUUGCUUUCACAAAGUUAGUGUAAGUUUUAGUAAUAAAUAUUAAAGUAUUAACAUA